AAAUUAUGUAAAAAUUCUCUAAUUCCUUUCUUAGAUUAGCAAAGGUCUAUACGAGAAUCAGUGGUUGUGGCAAUUGUCACUGCUGCCAAAAUAAGGAUUGUAAAAAUAAUAAAAACAGCGAACAGAUUCCAAUCACUAAAAAAUACUCUCAUUUGAUCAAUUACAAAGAGACUGAUUAAGUCACAGAAAUCCUAACUGAAGUUACGCAAAAUACUGACAAUAAGGAGUUUGAAAAAGGCAAUCAACCUUUUUAAACAUUUAAUAAGAAGAAUAUUAACAAAAGAGUUUGAAUUAAUUUAAUUUAUGAAAUUAUUAUACGAUAAAGC